UCCCAGUUCCCCGUCAGUUUACUUUGAGCUGCGCUUCAGAAUGCUUGGACGAAUCGCAGUUGUAACGCUGCUUCUGGGCCUCAUUGGCUCCGAAGUGCAAUCGGCCAAGUUGGCGGACACGGAGUGCGGCUACUUCAACGAGGAUCAGAUGCUCAAGCAGGGCGGCUUCGCCAGUCCCACCGAGCACCAGUGGCUGGCCCGGGUAGUGUUUGGCAAGGGGUUCGAGGGCAAGAUUCGGGACAAUGGCUGCCUGGGCGUGUUAAUCUCCAAGCGCACUGUUCUGGCCCCAGCCCACUGUUUUGUCCAGUACAACGGCGAGGCUCAGGCCUUCUCGGUGCACCUGGGGGUCUACAACAAGUCCGCUCCCGUGGGGGUGCGUGUCUGCGAGAAGGAUGGCUACUGUGUGCGCCCUGCCCAGGAGAUCAAGCUGGCCGAGGUGGCCAUCCACCCGGAGUACGACUCGCGAACGCUGAAGAACAGCCUGGCCGUGCUCACCCUGCAGCGGGACGCCAAGAUCUACCCGAACGUGAUGCCCAUCUGCAUGCCACCGCCCCACUUGGUCAACGAGACGCUGGUGGGUCAGACCUUCCUGGUGGCUGGGCUGCGUAUCCGCGAGGAUCUGAGGCUGAAGACCUGGGUGAACACGCUCAGUCGUUCGUUCUGCGAGUCGAAGGCCAAGGCGCUGGUGACCAGCAGCAACACGGUGUGUGGCUACCAGACCAAGCCGGAGGCCUACUACUUGGGCGCACCGCUGGUGGGGAUGCAGAAGAAGGGCCACACCACCCAGAACUACUACCUGGUGGGCUUCAUGAUCGACUGGCGCUGGGAGGACAACCGCAUCAUGUCCAGCUUCCUGGCCAUCCGCAACUACCUGGAAUUCAUCUACCAGAACGCCAACUCACUGAUUGUACGCUCCUGAGCGCUGAAUAAAACACAUUCGAGAAAUGCCA